CUUUCCCUCUCUCUCCCUCUGUCUCGCUGUCUCUCUCAUGUUCCUAUGUAGAUGAUAACACCAUCCUUUGAAUUUUCUAGGCUAGAAGUAUGGAUAUUGUUCUGUACUGCUCUAUCUCAGUCAAGCAUCAAGUUCUGCUGACUUUUCCUUUUGGCUGGCUUCCAGAUUUAGCUCCUUUUCUUCUUAUACUAGCAGCCUACAUUUUGCUUCCAGUUACAGAUGUAGAGCUGAAGCGACUUAAAGAUGCCUUCAAGAGGACCUGUGGACUCUCGUAUUACAUGGGCCAGACCUGCUUCAUCAGGGAAGUACUUGGGGAUGGAGUACCUCCAAAGGUUGCUGAGGUGAUUUACUGUUCUUUUGGUGGAACACCCAAAGGGCUACAUUUCAAUAACUUAAUAGUUGGACUAGUCCUCCUUACAAGAGGAAGAGAUGAAGAAAAAGCAAAAUACAUUUUUAGUCUUUUUUCAAGUGAAUCUGGGAGCUAUGUUGUACGGGAAGAAAUGGAAAGAAUGCUUCAUGUGGUGGAUGGUAAAGUCCCAGAUACACUCAAAAAGUGUUUCUCAGAGGGUGAAAAGGUAAACUAUGAAAAAUUUAGAAAUUGGCUUCUUACAAACAAAGAUGCUUUUACCUUCUCUCGUUGGCUACUAUCUGGAGGGGUGUAUGUUACCCUUACUGAUGAUAGUGAUACUCCUACUUUCUACCAAACUCUGGCUGGCGUCACACAUUUGGAAGAAUCAGACAUCAUUGAUCUCGAAAAGCGCUAUUGGUUGCUGAAGGCUCAAUCCCGAACGGGACGAUUUGAUUUAGAGACCUUUGGCCCAUUGGUUUCACCACCUAUUCGUCCUUCUCUAAGUGAAGGUUUGUUUAAUGCCUUUGAUGAAAAUCGUGACAAUCACAUAGACUUUAAGGAGAUAUCCUGUGGGUUAUCAGCUUGUUGCAGGGGACCCCUGGCUGAAAGACAGAAAUUUUGCUUCAAGGUGUUUGAUGUUGACCGUGAUGGAGUUCUCUCCAGGGUUGAAUUGAGAGACAUGGUGGUUGCACUUUUAGAGGUCUGGAAGGACAACCGCACUGAUGAUAUCCCAGAAUUACAUAAGGAUCUCUCUGACAUUGUGGAAGGCAUAUUGGAUGCACACGACACUACAAAGAUAGGCCAUCUUACUCUAGAAGACUAUCAGAUCUGGAGUGUGAAAAAUGUUCUUGCCAAUGAAUUUUUGAAUCUCCUCUUCCAGGUAUGUCACAUAGUUCUUGGGUUAAGACCAGCUACUCCAGAAGAAGAAGGACAAAUUAUUAGAGGAUGGUUAGAGCGAGAAAGCAGGUAUGGUCUGCAGCCAGGACACAACUGGUUUAUCAUCUCCACACAGUGGUGGCAACAGUGGAAAGAAUAUGUCAAAUACGAUGCCAACCCUGUUGUAAUUGAGCCCUCAUCUGUUAUGAAUGGAGGGAAAUUUUCAUUUGGUGCAGCAGUACAUCCUGUAGAGCAAGGUGAUGAUAGAAUUGGAGGCAACCUCAGUUAUGUGAAUACCUCAGAAGAAAAAUUUUCAGACAACAUUUCUACUGCAUCUGAAGCCUCAGAAUCUGCAGGCAGUGGCUUUCUGUAUUCUGCCACACCAGGGGCAGAUAUGUGCUUUGCUCGCCAACAUAACACUUCUGACAAUAACAACCAGUGUUUGCUAGGAGCUAAUGGGAAUCUUCUGUUGCACCUUAAUCCUCAGAAACCAGGAGCUAUUGAUAACCAGCCACUAGUAACUCAAGAACCAGUAAAGGCUACAUCAUUAACACUAGAAGGAGGACGAUUAAGACGAACUCCCCAGCUGAUCCAUGGAAGAGAUUAUGAAAUGGUCCCAGAACCUGUAUGGAGAGCACUUUAUCAUUGGUAUGGAGCAAACCUGGCCCUACCUAGACCAGUGAUCAAGAAUAGCAAGACAGACAUCCCAGAGCUGGAAUUGUUUCCUCGAUAUCUUCUCUUCCUAAGACAGCAGCCUGCAACUCGGACACAGCAGUCUAACAUCUGGGUGAAUAUGGGUAUGAUGAGCCUGAAAAUGUUUCCUCAGCAUUUACCGAGAGAUAACAUGAGAGGCAAGAUGCGUUGUUGUGCUUUUAGAAAUGUGCCUUCUCCAAAUGCACCUCUAAAGCGAGUGUUAGCCUAUACAGGCUGUUUUAGCAGAAUGCAGACCAUCAAGGAAAUUCAUGAGUAUCUAUCUCAAAGGCUUCGCAUCAAAGAGGAAGAUAUGCGCUUAUGGCUAUACAAUAGUGAGAAUUACCUUACACUUCUGGAUGAUGAAGAUCAUAGAUUGGAAUAUUUGAAAAUCCAGGAUGAACAGCACCUGGUAAUUGAAGUUCGAAACAAAGAUAUGAGUUGGCCUGAGGAAAUGUCCUUUAUAGCGAACAGUAGUAAAAUAGAUAGACACAAAGUUCCCACAGAAAAGGGAGCCACAGGUCUGAGUAACCUGGGAAACACAUGCUUCAUGAAUUCAAGCAUCCAGUGUGUUAGUAACACACAGCCUCUGACACAAUAUUUUAUCUCAGGGAGACAUCUUUAUGAACUCAACAGGACAAAUCCCAUUGGUAUGAAGGGUCAUAUGGCCAAAUGCUAUGGUGAUUUAGUACAGGAACUUUGGAGUGGAACUCAGAAGAAUGUUGCCCCAUUAAAGCUUCGGUGGACCAUCGCAAAAUAUGCUCCCAGGUUUAAUGGAUUCCAGCAACAAGACUCCCAGGAGCUCCUGGCUUUUCUCUUGGAUGGUCUUCAUGAAGAUCUCAAUCGAGUACAUGAGAAGCCAUAUGUGGAACUGAAGGACAGUGAUGGACGACCAGACUGGGAAGUAGCUGCAGAGGCCUGGGACAACCAUCUGAGGAGAAAUAGAUCAAUUGUUGUGGAUUUGUUUCAUGGGCAGCUAAGAUCCCAAGUCAGGUGCAAGACAUGUGGACAUAUAAGUGUCCGAUUUGACCCUUUCAAUUUUUUGUCUUUGCCACUGCCAAUGGACAGUUAUAUGCACUUAGAAAUAACAGUAAUUAAAUUAGAUGGUACUACCCCCAUACGAUAUGGAUUAAGACUGAAUAUGGAUGAAAAGUACACAGGUUUGAAAAAACAGUUGAGUGAUCUCUGUGGGCUUAAAUCAGAACAGAUCCUUCUGGCAGAAGUACAUGGUUCUAACAUAAAGAAUUUACCUCAGGACAACCAAAAAGUUCGCCUCUCAGUGAGUGGAUUUUUGUGUGCAUUUGAAAUUCCCCUUCCUCCAUCUCCAGUUUCAGAAUCUAGUCCAGUACAAACAGAUUUCUCCUCUUCCCCAUCUACAAAUGGGAUGUUCAGCCUAACUACUAACGGGGACCUAUCUCGGCCAAUAUUCAUCCCCAAUGGAAUGCCAAAUACUGUUGUGCCAUGUGGAACUGAGAAGAAUUUCACAAAUGGAAUGGUGAAUGGUCAUUUGCCAUAUUUUCCUGACAUCCCUGUUACAGGAUACAUUAUUGCAGUCCACAGAAAAAUGAUGCGGACAGAACUGUAUUUCCUGUCAUCUCAGAAGAACCGCCCCAGUCUCUUUGGAAUGCCACUGAUUGUUCCCUGUACUAUGAAUACCCGGAAGAAAGACCUAUAUGAUGCUGUUUGGAUUCAAGUGUCUCGGUUAGCCAGCCCACUCCCACCUCAGGAAGCUAGUAAUCAUGCUCAGGACUGUGAUGACAGUAUGGGCUAUCAAUACCCAUUCACGCUACGAGUUGUGCAGAAAGAUGGGAACUCCUGUGCUUGGUGCCCAUGGUAUAGAUUUUGCAGAGGCUGUAAAAUUGCUUGUGAUGAAGACAGAGCUUACAUUGGAAAUGCCUCUAUUGCUGUGGAUUGGGACCCCACAGCCCUUCAUCUCCGUUAUCAAACAUCACAGGAAAGAGUUGUAGAUGAGCAUGAGAGUGUGGAGCAGAGUCGGCGAGCACAAGCUGAGCCCAUCAACCUGGACAGCUGUCUCCGGGCUUUCACCAGUGAGGAGGAGCUAGGGGAAAAUGAGAUGUACUACUGUUCCAAGUGUAAGACCCAUUGCUUGGCAACCAAGAAGCUGGAUCUCUGGAGGCUUCCCCCCAUCCUGAUUAUUCACCUGAAAAGAUUUCAGUUUGUAAAUGGCCGGUGGAUAAAAUCACAGAAAAUUGUUAAAUUUCCUCGUGAAAGUUUUGAUCCUAGUGCUUUUUUGGUACCAAGAGACCCAGCUAUCUGCCAGCAUAAAGCACUCACACCCCAGGGGGAUGACCUUUCUGAGUCAAGGGUUCCAGCAGAAGUAAAGAAAGUGGAUGCCCAGAGCUCAGCAGGCGAAGAAGACGUGCUCCUGAGCACGAGUCCGUCUUCACUCAGUGCAAACAUCACUAGUAGCCCAAAAGGUUCUCCUUCUUCAUCAAGGAAAGGUGGAACCAGCUGUCCCUCCAGCAAAAACAGCAGCCCUAACAGUAGCCCACGGACUUUGGGGAGGAGCAAAGGAAGGCUCCGGCUGCCUCAGAUAGGCAGCAAAAAUAAGUUAUCAAGUAGUAAGGAGAACUUGGAUGCCAGCAGAGAGAAUGGGGCUGGGCAGAUCUGCGAGCUGGCUGAUCCCUUGAGCAGAGGGCAUGUGCUGGGAGGCAGCCAGCUGGAGCUCGUCACCCCUCAGGACCAUGAAGUCACUUUGGCCAAUGGAUUUCUGUAUGAGCAUGAGGCAUGUGGCAAUGGCUACAGCAAUGGUCAAUUUGGAAACCACAGUGAAGAAGACAGCACUGAUGACCAAAGAGAAGAUAGUCGUAUUAAACCUAUUUAUAAUCUAUAUGCAAUUUCGUGCCAUUCAGGAAUCCUGGGUGGGGGCCAUUAUGUGACUUACGCCAAAAACCCAAACUGCAAGUGGUACUGUUAUAAUGACAGCAGCUGUAAGGAACUUCACCCUGAUGAAAUUGACACCGACUCUGCCUACAUUCUUUUCUAUGAGCAGCGUGGGAUAGACUAUGCACAAUUUCUGCCAAAGAUUGAUGGCAAAAAGAUGGCAGACACGAGCAGCAUGGAUGAAGACUUUGAGUCCGAUUACAAAAAGUACUGUGUGUUACAGUAAAGGCUCCCGCUGCGCUGCUAGACUGGCUGGUGGUGAGGGAGAGGACUCCUUGUAGCUGACAUUCGGCUCAAGCAUCACUGAAAGGCAAACUAAACAUAGUUAUUUUAUUCUGUGACCCUGAAGCACAAAAGAAAAAUCCUAAUUAAAAUAGCAGUGAAGCUUAUGAAUAAUAACAAAUUUGUUUUGAAGUCUCUCUGGUUGAGAACCUUCAGGCAGAUCCCACCAUUAGCCUGUAGAUAAAAGGGUUUGGCACCAACCACCUGGGACCAAAUACGAAUUAAAUUGUGCUUGUCCAGAUAUGAACAGAUUUGUAGUAAGGAUAGAGCUUACCAAUAAUCAUAACAAAAUACUAAGGAUUUCCUUAGAGUCAAAGUAAAAAAAAAAAAAUUGUAGUGUUGUCUAGGACGACAUGAUAUGCUACCUCCUUUUUCCUGAAGUUUUAUUCCAUUAUACUGACAAGGUAGGGAAAGCAGAAUCUUGGAAGGUGUGCAAAUGAUUCUCAUACCAUGAACACAGAUUUUUUCAUUUUUUUUUAAACCAUUUCCCCACUCUAAGUCUUUCUUGCUUUUUAUUGUGUUUGUGUUUGAGACACAACCAGUCACUGGUGGCAGAGGCAUAUGGUGGUGGAUCUGAGAGGGAUAAUCUCGUAAAAUAAACUAUGUCCUUUGGGCCAGGGUCUUCACCAGAAGAUCCAGGAGAAAGAGAAGGCAUCUGUGAAAGCCAGCUAAGGUGGCUGCCUGGGGUAAAGGCAUCUUUCUUGUAGGGUACUUCAAGUGUCCUCCAAACUUCCCCACACACUGUGAGUGUGGCAGGGUGGUUGCCAGUGCUUGCACCAUCUUCCCAUGUAUGUGUUGCACACAGGUCCCAGGAGAGUGAGUAGCAUCAAAGUUAGAUGGCGUUUCACAUUAGUGGUGGUUUUUCUCCCUGUUUUCUUGUUUUGCACUUUAAAAAAGAAAAUACAAACAAACUUACAUUUUGAUGGCUCUAAGGGCUAUAAACUAACUUGAUUGGGGUAUUUUCCCCAUCUUAUAAAACUUUAGAAACAAAACACAUCCCAAACCGUGAUAGUUCGUGUAGUUUUAGUGAAAUUGGUGAGUUUAGGAAGUAAAAUGUUUUGUUUGCACAGCCAUUCAUUUUUUUUAUUUAGGUUUUUUUUUUUGUUUUGUUCUUGAUUUGUUUGGGGGUUGUUGUUUUUUGCACUAGUUAUCAAAAGUUGUUUCUUGCUUACAUCAUUUUUCUUCUGAUUAUUCAAGACUGGAACAAAAAUGAAUGUUAUUUAUUUUCAAGCAGCAUUUUUUCCUGUGUUGUGUUUUAAUUUCUGUUCAAAUGAAAUGUUUCUCUUUGUUUUUUGGUCUUUUUAGAAAAUAUUUUAGGCCCUAGAAGUUAAUUCUCACAGUCAGAUUCUUUUGACCUUCCUUCCUCCUCAUGGUAGUAAUACCAGUGUAAUUAAGCAUUUGUGUUGUGAUAUCUAAGGCCAGUAAAUACUAGUUCUUCCCAGAGCAUUUAGAAAGGCUGCCUUAAAUGGCUGCCUAGGAUGGAACCCUUUUCAGAAGAAUAUAAUUGCAAGUAGGAAGGAAUGGCCAAAUGGUUUAAUGUAAUGAAGUCAAAAUGAAUACAUUGUAGUCUCAAGAUUUUCAGUGUAUCAAAUCUGUCGAUUCCGAUGUAGACAAGUCCCAUGAAAAAAGUAGAUUUUAAAUAAUUUCCUUACAGAUGUUUUGUUUAAGCAGGUAGCACAAUCUACUAAUGUUGUUUGAUCUGUGUUUGUUAUAUUGGUUGUAAUUAAUUUUUUAAAUUCAUGAACUAGCAGAAAAUUUAUUAAAUUAACUAUUAACUUACAUUCACCUUGUAAAUUUCUGUAUAAAACUUGUUGACAAUGCACUGACUUUAGAAAGAUGUUAAUGUACAUAAAUAGAGUGUAAAUAAAAUAGUGUUGUACUGAAAUAUGAACUGUAUAAAACGUAUUGGUAAUUAUAUAUGGAGUGUAUCUGUUUAUCUGUAACUAUUACCCAAACAAAUUAAAUACUGUGGAUGCCCAUGUGUUGUUUUCCUCAAACAAGUAAACAAAAAAGUCAGCUUCUU